AUGUCGCUUUAUGAUUGGAUCAGACUUACUGAGAAGCAGAAAACACCUAAGAAGAAAGAGAAGCCUAUCGCUCGAGAUUCCGAAGAAGAUCCAUCUCCGUCUGAUAAAGAAACCCUUCUUUCUGACACAGAGCAAGACGAGACAGAAAGACCUGUGACGCGCGGAAGCUUGUCACAGAAAUCACAGCAGACGUUGGUCGACGAAGAAGACACAGGAUACAGCUCUGAUGAUACCCUCAUCGCUGAGGACGAAGAAGACGAGGACUACUAUGACGACGACGACGAUGAUGAUGAUGAUUUAGAUGAUGAUUUGAGAGGUAGUAGAUCUUCCAAGUCAAAGAAGGGUCGUGGAACUUUCUUCCAGUUCAGUAAAGAUCAUCCCCAACACAAGACGCACCGUAUACGCAUGGCCUCCGAAGAUCAGGCAAAGAUACCAAACUUCAUAGGAGGUAUACUACCCAGACGGGACAAGGGUGAUGUGGACGAAUACUGUCGCGCUAUGUUAACGCUGUUCAAACCGUGGAAUGAUGCCCUAUCCCUCAAAGCACCAGAACAGACCUGGCAAGCAGCAUACGAGACGUACGAAUUCACGCCAAGGGACCGCACCAUUAUGGGUUUCUUCCACGUGAGAUAUGAGUGUAACGAUGCUAGAGACGAUUUCAGAGCUCAGAGAGUUAGUCAAGCUAGGGACAAUGGUUUGCAUUGGGUGGGCGGGCAAUUCAUACACGAACUAGACCGCGAAGCAUGGGCUACGAGCCAGUUAGAGGCACUUGGAGAUGAUAUGUCGAAGAUAGAUCACGCUUUUGAACCAAUGAGAUACGGACAACGGAUGGUAAAUAGCUCAUUGGCAAUGGCAGAGAUGAAGCAUGCUCUGGAAUCGGUGGGAUGGGUAAACCCAACCUUCCACAAUGAUCAAGAAGCCGGUGAGGAGCCAGAGUCCAGUCAGCCCUCCAGAGAAGACAGCGCGCCUUCAGAUAUUGACGACCCAGAACAGCAUAUAGAUGUUGGCAGUCGUACUCUGAGUCAAUGGCGAGACAUGUUGGCCGAAAAACGAAAGACGGCCAUUGCUCAGAAAGCCGCCGGAAUACCGGAAAAUGAUAGUGAAGGGGAGGGUAAACAGACCGAAGACAGUUACUGGGAAGAUCAGGUUCGCAUCAUAGAUAAGUCGUUUCUAUCCAAGAACUACAAGGCGGGGGAAGAGGACGCCGGCAAGCUCGUAGACGACAUAGUUCAGGAGUUCAAAUUGAACGAAGAACAGGAAAGGGCUUUCCGGAUCAUAGCUAACCACUCAAUUCUCGGCUCGAUUGCGGAUCCUCUAAGGAUGUAUAUUGGAGGCAUGGCUGGCACCGGUAAAUCCCAGGUCAUAAAAGCAGUAAUCAAAUUUUUUGAAGCGAAAGGCAAAUCUUACGCCUUUCUGAUAUUAGCUCCAACUGGAUCGGCUGCGUCCCUGAUCGGAGGUUCGACCUAUCACUCAGCUCUCGGAUUCAGAGGUUCUAACAAGUCAGAUGUCGACGGUGAGGCAAAAGGCGGGAAAGAUCCGUUAACCAAAGGCAUGUCUGCUCAGCAAGUGAUCAAAGCUCGGUUGAAAGCAGUCGAGUACGUGUUCAUUGACGAGAUAUCAAUGGUAGACUGUCAAGCGCUCUAUAACAUCAGCCUGUCAAUGAACACUGCCAUGAACAUCAGCGACGCUGCUUUCGCGAACAAGAACAUGAUCUUUGCAGGAGACUUCGCACAACUGCCGCCCAUAACGAAAUCAGGUCCUCCACUAUACUCUGGUCUGGUCAGCAGUGUGAUACACACCAGUAACUCGGUACAACAACAGAAGGCGAGUAUAGGCAAAGCUCUAUGGCACCAGUUCACUGUGGUUGUACUCUUGACCCAAAAUAUGCGACAGAGAUCACAGAGCGAAGAAGACGCGAGGUUCAGAAAGCUAAUACCAAGGGACGGCCAUCCAGACAUAGAUCUUAUGCAUCCAGACUUCGUACAUGCAUCGAUGAUCACCAGAAGGAACUCUAACCGCGAUCUCUUAAACCAAGUUGGGACAGCUAGGUUUGCGAGGGCCAAGAAACGGAAGUUGUAUACCUUCUAUGCAGUGGACACCUUCUCAAAUGCCAAAGUCCCUGCUAACAAGGCUGUUUUCGAGCACAAUCCACUCAGAACCGGCAAUGUGAUACCAAAGGAACAGGCGGAAAAGGUUCUGUCAGUCCCCCCCGGAGAUACGAUGAGUAUACCCGGAAAACUAACGCUGUGUAAAGGCCUCCCGGUUAUCAUCAAGCGUAACGAUGCCACAGAACUUAAUGUCACAAAUGGUGCUGAAGCCACUGUGAGAGAAUGGAGAUCUUCGACUUUGAGUGACGGAAGAUCGGUGCUGGAUGUCGUGUUCGUAGAACUCAAGAAUCCGCCAUCCCCAGUAAAGUUGGACGGCCUACCUCUGAACGUGGUUCCCAUAUGCAGAUCAAAGCAAAACAUCUUUGUCGAGUUCCCCGACGCUACAGUGUUGCCUGUGAACCGUGACCAGGUCCCUCUCUUGCCUAACUUCGCUAUGACCGAUUAUGCUUCGCAAGGUCGGACUCGACCAAUCAAUAUUGUCGAUCUAGAGCACUGUGAUACCCAUCAGUCCGUGUACACCUGCCUCUCCAGAGCAUCAACUUUGAAAGGGACCGUCAUUUUCCGCAUGUGCAACCACGCGACUAUAUGCGGAGGACUGAAGUCGGGUCGAUUAAAGCAAGAAUUCAGAGAGUUGGAGCUGCUUAACGAAAUCACGCGACUAAGGUGGGAAGGCAAUCUGAGAAAAGGCGUUGCGGGGAACACCCGUUCUACUCUCCUCAAAUCAUACUUGCAAGUAUACGGACAUAAAAGCUGCCCGAAGAACAUACACUCUGCAAUCAAAUGGGGGGAACCCGGUGAAUCCGAUCCACUCAAGAUCGACUAUGACGACGACCCUUCCUUUGUAUGGAAGAGUAUGGACAAGAAGACGGAAACCAAGCCAGGCAAAGACCAUAAGAGCAGCACCGGGAAAGUGGAUAAAGGCGAGACUCGCGGAAAAAAGCGCAAGAUAUCAGAGGUGGAUACAGACACGCGACUGAAGACGGACAUAGUUCGCCUACCCAAAAAGUCAAAAUCAACCGGGAGAAGACAGCUGCUUAAAGGCAUGAGAUGGCGACGCCAAACCCAGACAUGUGCCUACGACAGUCUCCUAACUAUACUGGCGAACGUGUACUGGCAUAACGCUGCGAAGUGGGGAGAUGUUAUGCACGGAGUCAACUCGACUCUGGAAGGCCUAGUCCAGAAGUGGUCAGUGUGUCUACAGUCGGCGUCAUUUGAGAAGGCCGAGGAGGCAAGGGAUACCCUCCAGAAGGAGCUCAAUCGCCAAGACCCCGAAUCCUUUCCAAUCAACGGCCAGUUUACUGACAUGGGUCAGCUAAUCAUGAAGCUCUUUGAGGAUGAAAGCGGUAACCGCGCGCGGUACACCAGAAAAUGUGCGUCGUGCAACGCGGAGGAAAACCCUCUUGUCAAGUGUCCCACGUGGACGCUUCCAGCAUCGAGUACUCCCAAAUUACUUUCCGCGGAGAUCAAGCGACGCUUGAACCGAGUAUCGGACCAAGUCUGCGUGGCAUGCGGAGCCAAACAAGUCCGCGAAGAGGUAGAGAUGAAUGUCCAAGACCCACCUCCUUUCAUAGCCGUUGGCCUUGAGGAUAGAAGACACCGUAACGAAGGUGCAUGCCAGCCUAAGCUCACAGCUACAGUCACUAUCGGAGAGAAAGGCUCGAAGGUUACCUACAAGCUACGCGGUCUAAUCUACUGGAACGGCUCACAUUUUACUUGCAGAAUGAUAGGGCGAGGAGGUGAGGUCUACUAUAACGAUGGCAUGAGCUUCGGCGCAACUUGCGCCCAUGAAGCCAGCUUAUCUGAAAUCAAAGAACUGUACAACAUAAAAGGAGCCCAGCUUACAUACGCCAUACUUAGCUUGCUUUGA